GAAGUUAUUCAAGUGAUAGACCCCAAGUAAAAAGUUUUAAGGGUCAGUAAUAUUAUUAAAAAGUUUAACGCAAUUUUCAAGCAGUUUAAAACUCUUGAAAAUGGUUAAUUAUAAUGAAAAACACAGGAGAUUAGUGGUUAAAGGUGAUAUAAAGUGAAAUAAGAUGAAGUGCAGGCCGAAAAAUAAGGAAACAUAAAUUUUAUGUUUUACGCUUCAUGUUUUAUUUGAAAUUUAAGGAAAAUGUUUUGAAAAAGUUGUGUUUUGUGUCAUAAUAUUGAUCUUGAACUGUUUAUUAAUCAGUGUAUGUUGGUGAACUUACGACAAAUUAUCAAGAAAAGAUAUUUAAAUAGCUUAAACUUUCUCAGAAAAAACAUACAGUAGAAAAUAAAGAAGUGAGAGAGAGAAAGAGAAAGAUCCAUUAAAAAUAUACAGCAAGCAAGAAGAAGCAGAAAGAGGAACAAACAUAUAUAUAAUAUGGCAAUAAACAAUAACAACUCAACAACAAGAUCGCAAUUACAGGCGAUUGUUAAUAAUCCGUAUGCAAUUCGGCAGGAAAUUCAACGGUUUGAGUCUGUGCAUCCUUCAAUCUACGCCGUUUAUGACUUAAUAGAACUCAUUCCUGACUUACAAAUCGCUACUCAAAUACGAGAGCAUAUAGUAAACAUUGAAGAUUCCUUUGUUAACAGCCAAGAAUGGACAUUAUCAAGGACGGUGCCUGACAUUCGCUUAGGAAUUGUUGGAUCAUUGAAUUCAGGCAAGUCAGCACUUGUUCAUCGGUACUUAACUGGAAGUUACAUGCAAGAGGAGUCACCCGAGGGUGGAAGGUUUAAAAAAGAAGUUCAAAUUGACAACCAAAGUUAUUUGCUAUUAAUACGUGAUGAAGGAGGCUCACCCGAAUUGCAGUUCUCAGCUUGGGUUGAUGCGGUAAUCUUUGUAUUUAGUCUGGAGAAUGAAGCGAGCUUUAAUGCAAUAUAUGCAUAUUAUACGAAAAUGUCACACUACCGAAAUGUUGAGAACAUUCCGAUUAUUUUGGUUGGAACUCAAGAUGCUAUUUGCGAGCGUUGUCCGCGUAUUAUUGAUGAUUCAAGAGCACGAAAACUCGCAAAUGACUUAAAGCGGUGCUCGUAUUUUGAAACGUGUGCAACUUAUGGACUUAAUGUUGAAAGAGUUUUUCAAGAGGCUUGUCAAAAGAUUGUUCAAUCACGUUCAAUUAUUCCUGCACUGACACCGACAAAUUCACGACCUACAACGCCCACGACUCGCUUAGGUGUUACAUCUUUACACGGCUAUAGUUUCGGACAAUCACAAAAUAUGAGUCCUACAAAUACAAAUGGCAUCACAACAACAGCGCCUCCUGUUAAUGCACUUAAUAUAAACAGUUUAUCGCCAAGUCAUCAUCUAAAUUCUUCAUUACCUCAUCACAGACAACACAGUUUGUCUUCAACAUCUAGUCAUGUACCAGUGAAUAAAGCAAACAGUGAUUUAUCAAGCUUAGAUGGAUCAUCACAUAGUCCAUUAAUGGUUAAAAACUCGAAUAUAUCAUUACCGCAGCAGUCACAACCGCAAGGUCUUAUAACAAUGCUUGGAAGUGAUAACAAUAAUAUGAAUAUGAAGUUUAUACAGCAUGAACGUUCUUCGAUGCCACCACCAAGUUCAUUAGAAAAUCUUCAAUUAUUAAGCAUCAUACCAUCAUCAUCAUCAUUGUCACAGUCACAAAAAGAAAAGGAAUUACCAACACCAACAAGUACACCGACUACAUCAAGAAAGUCUCGUCGUCGAUCAAAUCUUUUUAUUCCAUCAAAGAAAGAAGACAAAUUAAAGAAUGUUGAGACAGACAAAUUGGGUAGCGGAAGAUCAAUUCCCAUAAAGCAAGGAUAUCUAUAUAAACGCAGUAGUAAAGCAUUAAAUAAGGAAUGGAAGAAGAAAUAUGUUACACUAUGUGACGACGGUAGAUUAACUUAUCAUUCAUCCCUUCACGAUUACAUGGAUAAUAUACAUGGAAAAGAAAUAUCAUUACAAUAUGUUACAGUUAAAAUCCCAGGACAAAAGCCCAAAUCGAUUAUAACAAACAGUGCAUUGACAAAGCAAGCAGCGAGUCUAAAUAAAAAUGGAGGCAUUUUUAAUAACAAUAAUAAUAUUAACAACAACAAUACACAUUCAAUUACCGAAAGCCUGGGUGUUUUAUCAUUACUUCAUAAAGAUAAGAAAGCGAAUGAUAACAAAGUUCUGCUAACAGCAUACGAUAAUCUAAAGGAACCUGGAAAGGCAAGUUCGCAAUCGGGCGAUGAAUCGGGAAUUGCACUGAGCAACAGUAAUUCACAGAACCUUGGAAGUGAUAGCAAUAAUAAAAUUGAUGCACAAACGCCAAAUGUCAAAAAACGUCAUCGACGCAUGAAAAGCAGUGGCAUCAAAAACAAUGAUAUAGAAGAUCCAGAUGGAUUCGAAUUUUACAUAGUGUCUUUGGAUAAUAAGCAAUGGCAUUUUGAGGCUGCAAAUUCAGAGGAACGUGACGAGUGGGUAUAUGUGAUCGAGCAGGAAAUCUUCCGAUCAUUGCAAGGCAAUGAAAGUUCGAAACCAAAAACACAAAAUUCGGAUGAUGUUGCACAAUUAAUAUUAAACAUAAGAAAUCAAGUUAGUGGAAAUGGAUUUUGCGUUGAUUGCGAUGGACCAUCUCCAGAAUGGGCGAGUCUCAAUUUAGGUGUUUUAAUCUGCAUCGAAUGUUCAGGAAUUCAUAGAAAUAUGGGCUCGCACAUCUCAAAAGUUCGUUCUCUCACGUUAGACGAGUGGCCACCAUCUCAUUUAGCUGUGAUGCUGUCAAUAGGCAAUUCAUUAUCAAAUUCAGUUUGGGAAGCAAAUACGAGAGGCCAAGCGAAACCAGUUCCAACAUCGUCACGUGAAGAGAAAGAAAAUUGGGUAAGACGAAAGUAUGAAGCCAAAGAAUUUUUACAACCAUUAAAUACAACAGUGUCCAUUGGACAACAAUUGAUUGAAUCAGUCGUUAAGAGUGAUAUGAAAACCAUAAUACUAUUAUUAGCCCAUACAAACAAUGAAUUUGUGAACUGUACGGUGAAUUCUCGAGACUUAAGAACACCAUUACAUUUUAGCUGUGCAAUUGGAAAUUUGAGUAUUACUCAGAUUUUGAUUUGGUAUAACGCAAAUUUAAAACAAACAGAUCAUGAAGGAAGGACAUGUCUUACUUAUGCAACAGCAGCCAAUUCUUUGGCGAUUGUUAAGCAGUCAAACAAUAAGCCACACCACGUAUCUUCAGAAACGACAACGGCAUUAGUUAACUUGUUAGUAUCGCUAGAAUGCACUGAUCCGCAUCCACUGUGUCAAACAAAUAUAGGAAAUCAAUCUACAACUAGCUCCACAACAUUAGCACGACAUCCAUUCGAAAAAGUUCCAUCAAGUGUUGUUUAAAAAGCUCUUUUUGUGCAUUUGAGCAUUCUUAAAAUAUAUAUAUAUUAUUAAAAAUAUUAAUUUAUAAAAUGAGAAAAAAAAAACCUUUAUAUUUAGGCAAUAGGACAAAUAAAAUGUUGCUUUAGAUUAAAAACGACACAUCCAGUUACUG